CUCUUGACUUAAUUUCAGAUUAGGUAGAAACAAUAGAUUCAUCACAGCCCUUCAUCGAUGGCCAAGCUACCUCCCAAAAAGCCACACCAUUGGAUCAAACCUACUUUUGUGAAUAAAGUAGUUCUAGGAGACAAUAUCCCAAACACUUUGAAGGGCACUAAGCCAACGACCCAAUCUGACCAAUUCCCACCAUGACAGUUAUGGAGCUGUUUAACAAACACUUCGUAAUUCGUAUUCAUAAGAACCCAUCUCCAUAAAAUCGCUACAACAUCGUCAUAAUCGACCAAAUUGAGUUCAAAGAACCAGAAAAUUGUCCAUAAGUUUGAUUGGUAUGGGCAACUACAUCACGUACCGUCUUCAAACCUUCUCCACCGGAAAAGUCAUUCUAUCGGACGGAUCCAUUCAAGAGUUCGACAAGCCAUUGACGGUUGCCGAGCUCAUGAUGGAGCAUCCACAACAAGUAGUGGUCGAGUUUGAUCGCACUCAAAAAAGGCCAAUUCCACUCCCAGCAGACAAAAUGCUCGAUUUCAAGAAAGUCUAUUUAAUGCUACCGGUGAAGCGAGGGAAGCCAGUGCCAUUACCAGCAGAACAAGCACACAGAAUCCUACUGAAUGUUGCGAGGACAAGGUCUCUGUUAUCGACAUCGAGGUUCCUUCCACUGUUUGCUAGAAUAUGUUCUGCAAGCGUUGGAGAGGGAAGGAAUUUUGUGGUUCAAAGGAAGGGGAGUGAAGAGGAGAAGAAGAAGAAAUCGGGGGAGAUUGAUAGGUGGGUGUCAUUAUCUGAGCUGUUGCCAGAAAGUAUGGAGGAGAGGCCGGAGUAUUUGAGCAGGCAGAUUUCGGGGAAAGGUUGGAAGCCUAGUUUGGAUCCGAUUAAGGAAAAACGGGUUGAGAAGAAAGUCCCUCACUGGUUGUUUUAGACUCUGUUUAAUUCUACUGGUCUUGAAUCUUUAUAAUGUUUAUCUGAAUGCUUUAAUUUUAAUCUUUUAACAUAUGAUUUUUAUUUGA